AUGUGUGUCGUUGUUUUUAAGUCAGGGGCCAAACACCUGCAGCUGCUGAGCGGCGUCAACCCGAUGGCGUACUGGUUCGGGAACUUCUUCUUCGACCUCACCAUCUUCCUCAUCAUCGACGUGUCGUCGCUGAUCACCGUGGCGGUGAUAUACCCCGCCGUCUACAUGUCGGAGGGCCGCUGGGUGGUGACGCUGACCACGGUGCUGCUCUACAGCCUCACCAUCUUGCCGUACAUAUACUGCGUCCAGUGGAUCUUCAAGAGCCCGUCGAACGGCGUCAGCUUCAUCAUCGUAAUUAACAUAACUCUGGGUAAGCAUACUGAUAUGUUAUCAUGUCGAAGCUAA